AUGCCGGGUAUGGGACUCACGCAUCGCAGUGUCACGCUGCUAUUCUCUGCUGCCACUGAGUUUGGCCAGGCGCUGAGGCUGGGACUGUGUGCUGGGCAAGCAGACAUAAAUGGGGACGAGUCCUUAUCCAAGCCGGUCAUCAGUGUCUGGCCCAGCUCUGUGGUUCCCCCCGGGGGCAAUGUGACAUUGCAGUGUUUUAAUUUGAUGAAAUACUCGUGUGGUAUUCAAAGGCGUAGCACUGAUUUGGAUACUGCUGCACCACUUACAUCGAGAGCGUUGUCACCUAAAUUACGUUCAAGAUGGGGAGUUCCGGGUUGGAUUCGUUUCCGACUGGUUGGUUUGGAGGAGAGUGAUUCCGGAUACUACUUCUGCGAAUGCAGUGGAGUCAACGUAAUGUUGCCACACAGUGAUGCACUUCUAAUAUUGGUCACAGGACAUUUACCUAAACCUUCCCUCCAAGCUCACCCAGGGAGCAAUGUGAACACAGGAGGGAAAGUGACUCUGCAGUGUGAGAGACCAGAUAAUAUGACUGAGUAUGACAUGUUCAUGCUACUGAAGAAAGGAGUUUCGUCACCUGUGCAGACUCUGAGAUCAGAAAGGGACAGAGCAGACUUCUCACUCCAUGACAUGAUGGACACAGACACAGGAAAGUACAGCUGUGUCUACCACCAGACAGGAGCCCCCUUUUGGACCUCCCACCCCAGCGAUCUCCUUGAGAUCUUGGUGUCAGGCCCUGCAGCACCCCAGGGCCACUAUGAAACCUUGGUCAAGGUGGACAAGCAGCUCUUCAGUUUCCUAUGA